AGUAGUAAAUUGCUGUUUCUUGUAGCUACAAGUGUCUUUUUUUUAAGAUGAUAAAGUUUUUGCAGGUUGCUAUUUUUAUCAUAGUUUGGGAUGAAUUGUUAGCAUUGCCUAAUGACAUUGAAAAGUGCAGAAUUAAUGAUGAGCAGUGCUUAAUUAGAUCAUCAAAUAAAGUUCUAAGGAAAUACUCUUCAGGAAUUACAGAGAUCGAUCUUCAAUCUCUUGAUCCAUUUAUAGUUGAUAAAGUGAGAUUAAAGCAUGACUAUGGAAUUGUAAAAGCUGAUGGAUUAAUGUAUAAUCUUAAAGCUUUCGGAUUUUCAUCUGCAACGAUCGAAAAGUUUUCAGGAUUCGAUAAAAAUUUGUUGGAAAUUCAUUUUAAAGUGCCAAAAUUAAAAUACACUGGUUUUUAUAAAGCUCAAGGUGAAGUGGUAGGCUUUCCAGUUGGAGGUAUUGGAUCUUUUACUGUGAAUUUUUAUGACUUUUUGAUAAGAUUAAAGGUUAAACUUGAACGAUAUACAAGAAAUGGAAAUGUUUAUUUCAAAACUGCUGGAUCAGACAUUUCUUCAACGUUGAGAUCAGGUGACAUUGAUGCUCCAGAAAUCGGUCGAACUAUAAACUGGAUAAUGAAUACAAGCUUUGACAUCGUGCUUAAAAGCAGCCUGAAGUCUUAUGUUGGUGAUGUUUGGGGAUCACUUUAUGAGAAAAGAAUUAAUGAAGUUUUUAAUAAAGUUCCCAUUCAAGAUUUGUUUUUAAAUUGA